AUGUCCACAGAGUGGCAGAGCUUCAGAGCAGUCACAGGCACCGGGUUUACCACCACCAGCUCUUACUCCAGCUCUUCCUUCUACUGUUCCAUCAAGAGGGAGGGGGGAGAUAGGGCUAAGCAGCAGACAACAUUGACUCAUGGGAGAGCAUUUGCUUUAGGACACCAGGAGGCACCUGAGCAUCCUAACUUCAUUGGAGAAGAGUACAUGGAUGUAUUUCUGGAUGAGUUACCUAGAUUACCGCCAAAGAGGGAGAUUGACUUUACCAUUGAGUUGCAUCCGAAUGUUAAGCCAAUUUUGAUUCCAUCAUAUCGGAUAGCUCCGGCAGAAUUAAAGGAGUUGAUGACUCAAUUGGAAGAGUUGCAAGAAUUGGGGUUUAUUAGAUCAAGUGUGUCCCUGUGGGGAGCACCAGAGUUUCUUGAGAUUAGUGGGUAUCAUAGGAGGUUUAUCCAAGACUUUUCGUGUGUUGCCACACCUAUGAUGCAACUCACUCGGAAAGGUACAUCAUUUGUGUGGUCGGAUGAGUGUGAGAAAGCUUUUAAGGAUUUGAAGGGUAGGUUGAUAUCUCCACCGAUAUUAGUGGUUCCAGAGAGGAGUGACUCCAGAUGGGUUCGGGGUGAUGUUGGAGGUGUGAGGUUUGCGGGAAGAUUGAAAGUACCCGAUGACAAGGAACUACAGGAGAAGAUCUUGAAAGAAGCACACCAUUCCCGAUUUGCUAUGCAUUUGGGAGGCGGAACACCAAAGGACGGGGAGUUUGCUACAACCCCUGCCGGUGGCACAAUGGAAAUGGGAGAUGAUUGCUAUGGUUUUUGUGACAGCGUUGCCGAGACACCUAAGCAAAAUGAUACUGUUUGGGUGAUAGUCGAUAGAUUGAGCAAAUCAGCUCACUUCCGUUAUGGAGCACAUUAUUUUGGUGGUAAUUGGGAGAAAUACCUACUUUUGGCAGAGUUUAUGUACAACAACUCAUACCAGAGUAGUAUUGGGAUGGUACCAUUUGAAGCACUUUAUGGGAGGCCUUGUAGGUCACCGUUGUGUUGGGCGGAGAUUGGAGAGAAAGCGGUAUCGGGACCCGAAAUGGUGAAGGAGGCGAGAGACGGAAUUGAGAAAAUUAGAAAAAGAUUGAUCACGGCUCAAAGUUGGUAUAGCAAGCAAGGGAAGUUCGCUCCACGGUUUGUGGGUCCUUUUGAAAUCCUUGAGCUAGUUGGACUAGUAGCCUACCAUUUGGCGCUUCCACCAAAAUUUGCUAAGGUUCGUAAUGUGUUCCAUGUUUCUAUACUACGAAAAUAUGAGUCGGAUCCAUCACAUGUUUUAGAUUGGACUAGAUUGAAAGUGGAGGAAAAUGGAACCUACACUCUUCAACCGAUGACGAUUUUGGAUCGAAAGGACAACGUCACACGAUCAAGUGGCAUACCAUUGGUAAAAGUCUUGUGGAUGCAUCAUGACACAACAGAGGUGACUUGGGAGCUUGAGUCGAAGAUGAAGGAGAAAUAUCCGCAUUUAUUCGAAAGUCUAGGUGUGACUGUCCGAAUAGCUUUUUAA